AUGGCUGCAAAUAGCAUAGUCGCCCCGAUCCCCACGCAACAGGGUUCCGGGCCUGGAAUGUUCGACAAUCUAGUCGACACUGCAGAAGCGCACUCCCCCGGUCGCAAAAGGAAAGCCUCUGGAUCACUAUCAAAUAAGAAUAGCGCGGGUCGGCAGAAGAUUACUCGGGCCUGUGACUCGUGUAAAGUUAAAAAGACUAGAUGCACCGGCACCCUACCUUGCACAAGAUGCACCCGACUAUCACUUCCAUGCCGAUACGACGCGGCCUACUCGAGAGGUCUCCCACCUGACCCACUACCUGGAACUGGAACUGCAACUCCAUCGCCAGGAAAAUCUGCUAAACGUCAACCUUCUGAGACAGGAGGCCGUUUAUCUAGCGACUCGCUUCCCCAUGAGAGUACGGGAUUUGGCACUGCGACGGCUAGAGACACCGUGUCGCAACGCAACUCUCCAGAGCCCGGCUCAACCGACUUUGAGGGUAACUACCUUGGCCCAGCAUCCGGUGUGUCUUUCAUCAACCGCGUUUGGAGUCGCCUGCAUCAGCAUGAAACCCAGAUUCCCAAUGAGCUGCAGAAUGAGUCCUCCCAAAACACUGCCGUGUUCAUGUUUGGGGAUAAGCCUUACUCCCAGUCCCAGGAUAUGAAUUUUCCCUUGCCAUCUUACGAAACUGCGAUGGAACUAGUGGCAAUCUAUUUUGACUUUUCCAUGGUGACCUACCGCUUCUUGCACAGGGGUAGUGUGGAAAAAUGGGUCAAGCAGGUGUAUGAGAACCGCACUUCAGUGGCUAAUCUCCCGACAGGCAACAUGGUGGCGAGAACUGCCAUCGUUCUCAUGAUAUUUGCCGUGGGUACGGUUCACAAAGCUCCCGAAAUCCAGGAAGAUGGGCAAAGUCUCAGUGAGCGCUGGUUCGCAGCUUCAAAGUACAUCUCCUCCUUGGAAUCCGGCCCGCCUCGUUUGGAAACAAUACAGACACGGCUGAUCCAAUGCCUGUAUCUACUAUCAUCAUCACGAGCUAAUGAGUGUUGGUACUCGUUUGGAACCGCCUUACAGGUGGUCACAGCAUUAGGCCUGCAUAGAAAAUGUGCCGUCAACCCAUCUAAGAAGGGUGGUUCCUGCUAUGAAUUGGAGAUUAGGAAACGCAUAUUCUGGAGCGUCUAUGUCCUAGACAAAUAUCUUAGCAUAAUGUUCGGUCGGCCCCGACUGCUUCAUGAUGAAGACAUUGACCAAGAGCUGCCGGAUGAGAUGAAUGACGACGACCUUCUGGAGGAAGAUCCAGCUAGACGCACAGGAUCCCCGGACAGUAUGAUGAUUGCGUCUGUGCUUCAUUACCGACUCGGCCGCAUCUUGGGCGAAAUUUCUCGGCGGCUUUAUAGUAUCAAGCCUCACUCGCGUGACUCGCCACUGGAAACAGCCGUUCGUCUUACCUCCGAACUAGAGAGAUGGAAGGAGACUGUGCCACCUCUGUUCAACAGUGUCCGACCCUCGAGCUUAAUUCCACCCCUCUGCCGACAAAGUCAAGUUCUUCAACUAGCUUAUUCCCAUGCCAUGAUUCACGUCACUCGCUCAUUCCUCCUGGAUGAUUUUACUGACCUCAGCCGCCGGCCAAGAGACCCGCAUCCGCUUGUCAGUGCUCAUGCGCACAAGUGCAUUGAGGCCGCAGAACAUGUCAUGACCCUUGUCGAUGAGCUAGCGCACCAAACGCUAUUCAUUCAGUCAUUCUGGUUCACCCACUACGUAUGCUUCUGUGCCAUUUUAGUAGUAUACAUUCACAUUAUCCAGCAACAUCGCCAGUCCCUGGCUCCGAGCCCCUCGGCCGGAAGUCCGACAGACGUUGAUAAGUUGCACUCGCUAUUCUUACUCGCGGAGACUUGUCAGCAGCAUCUUGCCGAGGCCACUCGGAAGAACUGUCCAAGUCGACGCUACAGUAUUAUUCUUGAGGAGCUCAGGCGGGAAGUUCACCGACAGCUUGGAUCGAACGACCAGUCUAGCCUGGCAAGAAACCAUGCAACAGAUAAUCACCUGCCAGAACCGGCUGCGCUCACUCCUAAUAGCGGGAAUGGGAAUGACUCCUUCGGCACCCACGCCGUGGACUUUGCCCCUAUGUCGGGGAUGCUGCAACCUUCCGAGCUGGGAGCCCCAUUUGACGACACUGGUCUUUUUGAGAACUUAGAUGGCUCAGUUUGGUGGGCCCAUCUUGAUUCAUGGGUAGGACAGCCUGACAUCCAACUAUAUCCCAUUCGCUGA